CUAACCUAACCUCAAACUUCAGUAAUCUGUUGGUUGUUGUGAAGUGUUUACCCGAAAUUUUCUAUUCACGUGCAAGUGUAAGAUCAGCGGAAAAGAAAUCGAGGGAAAGCUAUGCUGUAGAUAAAACAUUGAAAUUAUCAAGAAACUCUCAAGAUGGGGCUGUCAGAUCUUAAAAUCACAGUUAAAUCCAUAUUAACUUCAUCACAAAAACCGCUCACUCCUCGUGAACUACUCAGAGAUUUUAAAGAGAUAGAAGGAUAUGACUUUCCGUACCAGAAACUUGGCUUCUCUGAUUUUUUACAAUGUCUGCAAAGCCAAGAUAUGUCAGAUGCAGUCAAGGUUCAGUAUCAGGGAGGUGUCCAAGUUCUUGUGCCAGUUCUCUCUGAGAAGUCGAAACACAUCGAUGAACUAGUCAUGAAACAAAAAAGUAAACAACCAAGAAUUAGAUCGAAAAGACCCUCGAUGUCAAGGAGAAUCGGAGGGCCUCCUCGAGCUAGGCCCCCUCGAUUAUCUACUCGUCCUCCAAGAUUUGAUUCAAAGCCGUUUUCAUCUUCCUCCAAUUAUCAGUCAAGUUCUUACCGGCCAUCAUCCUACUCCAGUUCCAGUGCAUACAGUCGACCAGCUGCAGCACCCUCUUCUUCAGUUUACUCAUCAAACAAGGCGUAUUCCAGCUCAACAGUGCGUUCUACUUAUUCAUCAGGAAAUUCUGGUCCUCUAACUUCUUCAUAUCAGUCAGGUCAAAGGCCUCAGCCUGCUGGGAGACCUCUCCCUGAAGAGAGAGCUUUUUCAAAAGGAUCUACUUGUCAAUCUUCAUCCUUAAAUUCCACAGGAAAAUCGGAGUCCUUCUCAAGUUCUACCAGGAACUCUUUCUCGGCUCCUUCUUUUCUCAAAGAAAAAGUCGUUGAAUUUAUGAAAACAAGACAACAGGGUGUCAGAGAAGAUGACUUUUACAAUUACUUGUUGACGAGGAGUUUUAGAGAGUGUGGAAUCAAGACUGUACCAGAUCUGUUGAAAUCCUGUUCAGAUAUAAUCGUACAAAGAAAUGGAUUAUACUACAUGAAACAAGCCAGUAAUGGUUCUAGUCAAUCAACCAGCAGCACCAAGCAGCCGUCUCCUGUCCCAGGAGGCUAUGAGGAUGAAGCUUUUGAGGACGACGAUGAGGAGUUCGAAUUCUGUUCAGACGAAGACCAAGACACCGGUCAGUUCAACGGAGAUGUGGCAUGUUCAAAAGUUCCAUCAACCUCAAGUUCUAGUAACGGUCCGAAAAACCAUAUCAACCUCCAGAAUUGCAAAUCCCAAAUUAGUGCUGACAGUUGUGGAUCUGACUCAGGCUGUUAUGAUGCUGCAAAUGAAAAAAUGGGCAAUAGAAUGAGGCACAAUUUCCAAAGUUUACUCGAUGAUCAUCCAUAUGGAAUUAACCUAACUAGUCUGGGAAAUCUCUAUAAAGAAAAAUUUGGUUAUUCAUUUGAUUUUCAAGAUAUAGGUUUUUCAAGUAUGAUAGAAUUUGUCGCCAAUCAUCCGACUAUUUUUUUUUGUUACCGCUUGGAUGAGCACGAUGAUUUUAUUGUAUUUGAUGCCACUAAAGAGAUUCCUGUUCAGUACAAAUUACAGACUCGAAACCAAGGGAAGAACCAAAAAGUUCCACCAGAUAUCCACGAAAACAUGAAACAACUUCUUCGGAGUAGAAAGUCGAGUGGAUUAUUAAGCUCUGAAUUGGAGGAGUGUUAUCAGAAAAAGUAUAGAACCGAACUGAAUCUGAGCUCUCUUGGAUUUGAUAGUGCUAACUCCUUCCUUACUGCUUUAAGUGAUCUAUGUUAUCUCCGACCUGUUGGUAAGAACCUGCGCGCUUACUCGAGGACUUUGAGUCAGGACUCAGAUAGUGAUUCUCCUGAACCUGAUCAUUUCCAUAUUCCUUUGGUCCUGACACAGCUUUUCCCGCCUGAAUGUUGUGAUAAUAGUUGUAAGAUUCCUCCUCAAAAAAUAUGUAGAGAAGAUACUCACCCUGCAGAUGAUGGUAGCAAACUGUUCAUUGAAAUCGUCAUAUCAGAAGUAUAUUCCCCUACCAGGUUUUAUUUCAAUCUCCGCUCAAAAGUUCCAUCCCUGAAUACCAUGAUGGAUGAUUUGGAGGCGUUCUAUAAUGAAGACGAAAAACAUUAUUGUAUGCCUCCCACAACAAUUGCUAUUGGACAAGUAUGUGCUGCCAAGUAUGCAGGGGAUAAUCGAUGGCAUCGAGUUAAAAUUGUAUCAAUUCCAACUCUUCGAGAAGUCACAGUUUAUUACAUGGAUUAUGGCACGUCUAAGAAAAUAGCAAAAACAGAUUUGAGGUUUCUUCACAAAGAUUUUGAAGAAAUGUGUGCUCAAGCAAUUCGUGGUCGAUUAUUUAACUUAAAACCAGCCUCUGGAAAAACGUGGGAAGUUGAUGCCAAUCACCUCUUCUUCGAUUUAACUGAUGACGUGCCUUUAAUGGCAGAAAUAAAGGAAAUCAAAACAUCUAAGAAUGACGAAUUAGAGAUUGACAUGGUGCUUUAUGAUACAAACGGUGAGGAAGAUGUCAUAAUAAACAAGACGCUAGUGGACAGAGGUUUAGCAACAUUUAAAGAUCCCCCACUCACACAGGUAUCCGACGUUACUCGUGACUUCAAUGCGUUAACAGUGGAAGAAUCCGGAGGGCGAGAAUUGGCUGCCUCCUCCAUUUCAUCAGAUGACCCUCAUGCAGCUUCUCAGACGGCAAAUCGGUCGCAGAUUCCCCCUGGCUUUCCGAGAAUUAACACACCUGAACCACUAUUAGAUGGAACAAAUAUUGCUAAGAAACAAUGGAGCUCUGAGAGUCAACAGUGCGGCAUGAGCAACUCUGAGGUUACUUCAGGCAGUCCAAAUGUUUAUGAAUCCAACAAGGAGGUAUUGACAACCCUGAUUCAAAGGAAGGAAGUAACAACUGCAAUUGCGGAUUCAAUCUUUAGAUUUUUGAAAGCGGAAGAAAAGAUGAAGUCUCCAAGUCCAUGUGUCUCCUCAGACACCUCAGCUCUAAAUCGAGAUAUUCAGGGAGGCAGCUCAUACCUAAAUCAGUCUACAUUGGGUCAAAACAUUACCAUUCCGCAGAUCAACCAGCAACAGUAUCCAGGUUAUGCCAAUCCUCUACCAUUUCCAGCUCAACUGUCAAAUAUAAGCAGCCUCCACAAUUUGCAACAGCCCGCUAUAAACUACAUACCUCAGCACCAACCUUCUAUGAACUUUACGCAGUCUCCAUUUAUCCAAAAUAAUCUUCAAAACAUGUACACGCCUACUUCUCCACAUUCGUUGCCUCCACCCGGUUUUGCAAGUCCAACCUUUGUAGCAAAUCAAUUUUCUCACUUGUCAAACAGACAGCCCCCAGUAUAUCAAGUUCCCAAUACAGUUCUGAACCCGUAUCAAACAGCUCAACCAACAAAUCAACAGUAUCCACCAUUCCAGUCUUCGAACAUUCAAAACUUAAAUUCUCCAAAUCUAAAUGUUUGCCUGCCUAAUAUGCCUUAUCUGAGCCUUCCUAGAUCUAAUUUAUGUCAGAACUUUCCAAUGCCCCAAGGAAAUGAGCCCUUAAGCACCUCAAAUCCUUUAGUGAACGCUGCACAAUCAUCGCUCAACCAUCCUCUGGUUCAGAACUCUGAAAGAGCAUCUGCAUCAGAUUUUGCAUCAACCACGGUUCAAGUGCCAGAAUUAGAACAAGCAAUCUCACCUAUCCGAGAAUUGAAUAGGACUGUCUCAUCCAUCCCAGAGAAUCCAGCUACUUGUGGAGCACCAUUUAUGAUUUCUGAGGAUGCCUCGAAAAAACAAAGGACCAUCACUCAUUCAAAUCAUCAAACCAGCACGCCCCUGCCUGGUGAAAGUCCCUCAUCUAAGAAGGUGGAAGAAAUCAUGAAUCCUGCCGUAACAGAUAUUUACAAAAAGAUUGCUGAAGAAUUGGUACAAAAAGCAUUAAAGCAGAGUAGCAUUAUGUCUGAUUCUAAUCAAACUUCUAAAACAGUGAAUAAUACUGAAGAAUCCAAAGAUCCCCGAGAUGUUGGUAAUUUACUUCAUUCACUAUUUCCUCAACUUGAGUCUAAAGACAAAUCAAAAUUAAAGGAGAGUAUAAAACUGGAAGUAAACACUGCAGCUGAGGAUGACCGUUUGUCUUCAGAGGAAAUAAAAGAACCUCAGAUUAAUCAAAUCUCCUCCACUUCAACCGAAGAUCUCGAUAACUUAAAACCUAUCGCUCACCCGAGUAAAUCGCACAGCACUAAACCGGUCGGUAUCAGUCUCCCUCGAAGGCCAUCUAAAAAAACCACUAAACCAGCAGUUGCAUCAGAAGAUUGUAACAGAAAUUCGUCAGUAGCUACGACCUCACCAAGUUCUGUGGACAGAAACAAGAAGAUUAUUGAGAAAAUCGUUGUUUCAGACAAGAUGCUUCAUUUGCUCAUGAUAGACGGAACUCCUCAUAUCAUUACAGAUGAAUUUGUGAAACUCUACACACCUUUCUCUACACGUCAAUCUAUAGUGAGGUUCCUUGAAUUGCAAUAUGUGGAAUUGCCAUUUUUAGACUAUGACAUUUCAAAGCUUCCUGCAAAUUUACCACCGGAAGUACAAUCUACGCUCACAAUUUUCCAGCAGUUUGACAAGAUUGAUAUUUUGCCCCUGAAAUAUGUACCAGAACUUCUUCAGUAUAUAAGGAAACUAAGAAAUGAUGUGGUGGAUGAUGCUUUAAUAGGAGCUUUUAAUGUAUCAUUGGAACAAUUUGGAUUGUCUGGCUGAUUCCGUUUCCUUUUUGUGAAAAGUUUCCAAAGUAAUUUUUGUUUGAAUUUCAGUCAAUUUCCUGACCUGUUUUAGCCUUUAUGUAUGAAAUCUGUCAUUCCACAAAUAAACAUCGAAGGAGUGUUAUACACUACUCUGAUAAAUAAUGAGGAAAUAUCAAGUUUGUAUGUAUAGACAGUAUGAAGGUUCCAACAUAAUGUUAGAGUGUAGAUAAUUAAAAGAAUAUGCGUUUUUGUUGCAAAUCAUAAGGUUUCUUAUAAGAAUUACUGCCAGUCAACACUACAUACAUUCUUUCAUUUUGAUUUUUUUUUUUUUUCCAAGGACAUCGGUUGACUGACUUGUAUACUUUUUAACGUCUGUUCUCUUUACCUCUUACUUCUUUAUUUAAAUUGUUACCUGAGAAUCAUUAUUUUCGUAGUACUUAUAUUUUUCAGCUGUCUGUGAUAAAUUACUCAUGACGCAGAUACAAUUUAAUGUGUUAUUUUGUGCCUAACAGCACUCUAAUGUUUGUAAAUAUGUCAACAGUUAUUUUCACUUAAGGAUUACAUUUUUUGUUCUACUUCAAAAAUCUUGACCUGGUAAUUUCUCCUUCCUGUUGACACUCAAGUUAAAAGAUAAGGGUACAUUCCCAAGCCUGAAAAUUGUUAAAAACUUCCAUUUGCACAGUACUUUGUAUUUAUCGUAUUGUCAUUUUCACGUAUGUUUACUACUGGCAGGCUAAUUGUAGAAUGAAUUAAUUUGGGAGUUACAGCAAGCGUCAGCUGACAGAGUGUCCUCAUCGAUACUCGCUAGUAGGUAAUGUUUACCUUCCAGUAGCAUCACUUAAGUUUGAGCAAUUCUGUAUUAAGUUAAUGACAAAAUUUUGCUCAACUCGAUGUUGAGAAGCAAUGUUUUCUGAUGGAGGAGGCUUUAAAUAGAGUAUCAGAAGUAGGAAAAAGUAUCAAACCUCCUGAUAUCAGUAGUUCUACUUUUUCUAGUUCAAAUCCUCUGCAGUUACACAUCUGAAAGAAAAAUUGGAGUAGUCAGUAGCCUACAUAUUUUAUAUUGAAACCAAACCCUCCCCCCCCCCUCUCUCUCUCUCUCUCUCUAAACCCAUGUAGUAGUUAAAAUAAUUCUACAAAUAGCUUGCCAGUAUAUCCAUAUCUUUUGUCUUUAAUUUCAUGUUUUGCUUUGUUUUGAUUCUUUCUCUUUUCUUUUUAUCCCCUGCUUGGAAGAUUGACUGAUGUAAUGUAUUCGAAUGUCAAUAUGAAAUCCAUAACAUGAGCUGAUAAACUUUAUAAUCUCAUCAAAUAAGUGAAACUAAUCCACCAUGUUCAAAAUCACAGCUCCUCUGUUUCAAAUCAGAAUAAUUUUUUGUAAUUGCUUUUCUGCAGGUGCGAUUUAACCUGAAAAUAUUUCUCCUAUUUUUCAUACACCACUUUUGUUCUUUUGGGAAAAUCUCCUUUCAUAUGAAUAUUUUCUAUUUUUUAAAUUUUCAGAUUUUUCUUCUUUCUUUUCAUCAUUUUUGGAAGUCAAUUUAAGAAUGAAAAAUAUUUGUGCUUUCAUCUCAGUAAAAUACCUAUUUCUAUUUUUAUA